GGGAUCGAGAGCGAGAUCGCGAACGGGAACAAAGAGGAAGAGAUCGCGAUCGCGAUGCAAGUGAUCGACGGGAUCGCGAUCCUUCUCCUCGGCGGGGUAUCUUACGCGGAGACUGGGAAAAGCAAGACGAUAAGACCAAAAAGAGGAAAAUUGAGGGGCAGGAAAAGGAGAAGGAGAAAGAUCGUGCUCAGGACAAGAAGCGUGAGGAUGUUGUAA